UGUCCAGAGGAGACAGCGCCAGCAGGAGAGGAGUCGGUGACAGAGAGGACAGGAGUAAGAAGUUGAUCAAUAAAUAAAAAUAAAUAAAUAAAGUGUCCUUUGGGGAUCAUGACGCUGCGGGACGAACUUCUAAAGUCCAUAUGGCACGCCUUUACUGCUCUGGAUGUGGACAAAAGCGGGAAAGUCUCCAAAUCUCAACUGAAAGUGCUUUCUCAUAACUUAUGUACAGUGCUGGGAAUCCCCCACGACCCGGUGGCGCUGGAAGAACACUUUAAGGAUGACGACGAGGGUCCUGUUUCCAAUCAGGGAUACAUGCCGUACCUCAACAAGUUUAUCCUGGAUAAGGCGAGGGAUAACUUUGACCGUCAGGAGUUCAAUAAAAUGUGCUGGACGUUGUGCUCAAGGAAGAACCUGGAUCAAAAACAGCUGUUUAUCUCCAACGACGACGCCUUCAAGAUAUGGUGCAUAUUCAACUUCCUGUCAGAGGACAGAUACCCACUGACUAUCGUCACCGAGGAGAUAGAGUACUUCUUGCGUAAGCUGACCGAGGCGAUGGGAGGAAGCUGGGUGGAGGAGCGUUUCGAGGACUUGAAGCUGCAGCUGAACUCAAAGCAGCAGUGCCUGAGUGUGUGGGAGUUGAUCCCCCUGGUGGGCUCAGGUCACUUCAGCAAGGGCAUGGACCAAACCACGCUGUCCAUGGGCAUCAGCGAGGUCUACCAGGAGCUCAUCCUGGAUGUGCUCAAACAGGGUUAUAUGAUGAAGAAAGGUCACAAAAGGAAGAACUGGACCGAGCGCUGGUUUGUGCUUAAGCCCAGCUGUAUUUCAUAUUAUGUUGGUGAGGACCUCACAGAGAAGAAAGGGGACAUCCUGUUGGACGGAAGCUGCACCGUGGAGUCUUUACAAGACAAAGAGGGAAAGAAGUGCCUCUUCCUCAUCAAGUCGUCUCAAAAAAGCUUUGAAAUCAGCGCAUCAGACAAGAAGAAGAAGCAGGAAUGGAUCCAGGCCAUUCAGACAUGUGUGAACCUGCUGCGUCAGGGCCGGCCUGCGCCGCACCACGAAGCCCGCCAGAAACGGCGAGAUCUGCGGCUCAGGCAGCAGGCCGAGCAGGAGGAGCUGGAGUUGAGAAUGAAGGAGCUGCAGACGGCAAACGAGGCCAAACAACUUGAACUGGAGAACAUGAGGAAGGCUCUGGAGGAAGCGGCAGCAAAAGCAGCCGAGGAAGAGAAAAGGCGCCUCUUGACCCACACUGAACUCCAGGACCGCUACAGGGUGGAGCUUGAGAGAGAAAAGAUGGUACGUUAUUCAGCUCUGCCUCCCGGCACCAAAUCAGCUGCAUAA